UUCACUUUUCUUUUCAUCUAUAAAUACAUGGCACAAAUAUAUAUAUCUUCAAGAUAAGAUAGAACCAUUUCAAGUGUCAAACAUGAGUUAUUUCAAGAACAAUAACCUUUUCUUUUCAUUCAUCUUUGCACUUAACCUUGCUUUAGUGAGAAGUUCAGGGUUGACCCCAAAUGGUUUGUUUUCUGGUUAUCUAAUGCACAUCAUUGACGCCCUCCCAAAUGGUGCUCCAACUUUGACCCUUCGUUGUCAAGAUAAAAAUCAUGAUCUAGGAUAUCAUAAAAUCAAUGCGCCUGAUGAGUAUAGGUUUAAGUUUCGUGAUCAAAUUUUUGGUGGUACACUGUACUUCUGCCAUUUUUGGUGGAACGGAAAAGACAAAGUUUUCGAUGUUUUCAAUGACAAUAUAUCUGGCCGUUGUGGAUCCCGUGGUGCUUUUCUCUCUGAAUGCUUUUGGAAGGUGCAAGAGGAUGGCUUUUAUUUUGGACCCCGUCAAGAUGGUCCAUUUGAGAGGAAAUAUGAGUGGUAACAAAAUGUAGCAUCUAGAAUAUCUAUUUCAAUUUCGCUUAAAAUAAGUGAGUGUAAUAGCAAAGAAAACUUGUACUCUUACCAUUUCUUCUCAAAUAAUAAGAAGAUACAAGAGGGGUAUGAAAGGAAUUCAUGUAAUCCAUUAUUGAUUUCUCGAUUCCAUUUCAGCUAUAGUAUCUCACCUUUGUUUCUGAAUUUUAAAGAUUACAUAUAUGAGGAGUACGAGCUUUUAUGUCUCUAUAAUGUUGUUAUUGAAAAAGUUCUAAGUAGCAAUGGAAAAGAA